AUUAAAAAGUUAAAACUCACAUCGAUCUUCUCGUUACUGCCCCCAUUUUCAGAGAAUCUAUCUGUAUCCGCAUACCGCAUAUAUAUAUCCAGGCCACUCUUCCCACCACAAGUAGAAAACAAUAAGGAAGCAAACUGAUGAAAAUGGCAAGCUCUUCAGCGCAAUUAGAUCAACCCCAUCUUUGCUUUCAGAGCUGGAUUGCCCAACAGCAAGCUGACCUCGAGGAGCUGCUCCAAGCGCUCACCAUAUACAAAGGCGAUGACACCCAUCUCAACCUUAUCGUCGAAAAGAACAUCCAGCAUUUCCAAGAGUACACCGAGAAGCGAAGCAUCCUGGCCAGAGAGAACGCUACUUCCUUCUUUGCACCCUCCUGGUGCACCUCCCUGGAGAAUUCCUUCCUCUGGAUUGCCGGGUGCAGGCCCUCCCUCGCCAUCCGACUCGUUUACUCCCUAUGCGGCUCGGAGCUCGAGGCCCAGCUCAACGAAUUCCUUCAAGGGGUGAGGAAGGGAAACCUUGGGGAGCUUUCCGCCAGGCAACUCAGCCUGGUGAACGAUCUUCAGUGCAGGACCAUUCGAGAGGAGGAGAAGCUGUCUACCCAAAUGGCGAGUUUGCAGGAAGACAUAGCCGACCAGCCACUGCUCACCAAGGCCAACGAGUAUGGCCUAAUCGGCGCAUCAAUCGAGCAUGUAGACACCACCCUGGACGAGCAUGCGCUUGCCUUGGCGGGUAUCCUGGAGGAGGCCGAUAAGCUGAGGCUGAGCACACUUAAGGAACUGAUCAACAUCCUUACACCCUUGCAGGCCGCAGAUCUUCUGGUUGCUGCCAAGAAGCUUCAUCUCUCCAUUCACGAGUGGGGCAAAAGAAGGGAUCGCCAUCAUGGACGGCCAUGAAAAAGGUGGAGCUGCACGAAGAAAAGGCGAUGAUGAUCAUGU